GUUGCCUUGACAACGCGGGGGCCCUGUCCCUCUCUCAGACACUGUCACCGCUGGGCCUGGCGCAGGCAGCACCACCCGGCAGCCACAGUCCUGGCAGCACCGUGGGUCUGUCUGCCGCAGCCGGCCGGGUGCUCCUCCCCAGAGGCAGCCGCGGUGGGGCUGGGGCAGAGGUGGGACGUUGGCCCCUGGGGUUGGGACUUGCUGGCCCCGGCUGGUGGAGAAGCAGGAGAGGUGACUGCGCCGGUGGAGGCGGCUCUGAUCCCCGGGCCAGUGGGGAGCAUCGGGGGAUAACCCAGCACGAAGCAGGACGCGGGUGCAGGAAGCGUCGGGCUCCGUGGCAGGCCGGCAUGGACGGGGCUCCGCUGCCCGCCAGCCCCGCCGGGCUCUCGGCGUACGUGGUCGUGUCGCAACUGCUGGGCCUGACGCUGUUGGCCACCACGGGCGCCUGGCUGGGCCGCUACCGGGGCGGCGUGGCCUGGCACAGCCCCCUCCAGUUCAAUGUCCACCCCCUCUGCAUGGUGCUGGGCAUGGUUUUCCUCCAAGGUGACGCUCUGCUGGUCUACCGGGUCUUCAGGCACGAAGCCAAGCGCUCCACCAAGGCGCUGCACGCUCUGCUCCACGGCCUGGCGCUGGUCAUCGCCCUGGUCGGCAUCGUCGCCGUUUUUGAGUCCCACCGGACCAAGGGCAUCCCCGACAUGUACAGCCUGCACAGCUGGUGCGGGAUGGCCGCCUUCGUGCUCUACCUCCUGCAGUGGCUCCUGGGUUGCGGUUUCUUCCUGUUCCCUGGUGCCUCCUUCUCGCUGCGCGGCCGGUACAAACCCCAGCACGUCUUCAUCGGCAUCGCCCUCUUUGCCCUCUCCAUCGCCGCCUGCUUGCUGGGCAUCACCGAGAUGCUCCUCUUCAACAUCAGGGACUCCUACAGCCACUUUGUGCCCGAGGGUGUCCUGGCCAACACCCUGGGAGUGCUGCUGGUGGCCUUUGGGCUGGUGGUGGGCUACGUGUUGACGCGGGAUGACUGGAAGCGCCCGCCGCUGGCCGAGGAGCUGGCCCUCUCCAUGGACUUCAAGACCCUGACGGAGGGCGAGAGCCCUGGCAGCAGCAACCAGUGACAUCCCCCCGGCUCCCCAGUCCCCAGCACGGGCUCCUCCUGGCGUCUGUGGGAUAUUCCUGUGUUCCCCGUCUCCAGUGUCUUGGGGCUCUGCCUGGCUCAGGAUGACGAGGACAGCUGGGGAAGGACACGCUGCCUGUUGGGUUCAGCCUCGCUUGGCCUUAAUCUUCCUCAGCUCUGCCCUGCGCAGCCCCCGGCGACCCCCCCGAGCCUGCCCCAGCCCCGUGGGGACCACAGCGCCGCAGGCAGAGGCAGGGGCUGGCAGUGGUACUGGGGCAUGAAGGAUGGGGGUCCCCGGGCUCUGCCCUGCUCUGGGGACCGGGGGGUGGGAGCCCAGAUUUCCCCGCUGCGAGCGGCCGAAGCCCCAGGCCCAUUUUCUGUGCCGCUGGGCAGAGGGGAUGUUCGCCAUCACCGAGAUCUCCCACUCGCUGGCAGCCCAUCACCCUCCAGCGUGGCUGCAUGUGGGGGCUGCUCCCCCCCAAAGGGCUCCUGGGGGGGGCUCGGAGCGACCCGGGGUCUGUGCAGGUUCAGUGUCUUCACAUCCAAAAUGUUUCCCCCUCUCGCGCGAUGUGUUGUCUGCUCAGUGGAUGCUCCCGACCUAAUAAAUGUUUGCAGCUAA